UAAUUCCUGAAAAAAAAAUAUUUAAAAUGUCUCUAAUCGUCCCACAACAAGAAUCUGCUGCCCCUCCUAUUCUGCUUCCUUUUCAAGGAGGUAUGGGUCGACAAAAUUUUAUGAGCCGUAUAAGAAUGCAUAACUUACAACUUCCAACUACAGAAAAUUCAAAUACAGGAGGGAAUGUAAGUUUAUUUUCUAAAAAAGUUUUCAAGUUUGAACUUGAAAAGCUUGCAACUUUUAAGCUUAAACUUAAAAUUUGUCGUAAAAAGUUUUUCAAGUUUGAACUUAAAAACCUUGCAAGUUUUAAGUUUAAACUUAAAAUUUGUCAUAAAAAGUUUUUCAAGUUUGAACUUGAAAAGCUUGCAACUUUUAAGCUUGAACUUAAAAUUUAUCAUAAUAAAAAUAAUACCAAGUUUUGGAUAUUAAUUAUUCUUAAAAAAUAUUUUCUCAGAAAUCUCCCUCAAAAAUAUUUACUAAAUAUUAUUGCGUGACUAUUUCUUGAGUGCUUUUACAUUCAUAAUUCCUUACUUUAUUCAGAAAUUUUUUAUGUUAAGGGCCAAAAGUUUAAGCUUUUUAUUUUUGUUGCCUUAGGAGAUAUGACUUUUAUAUGGGGAUUUUUAUGUGUCUUCCAUGGGUGUAUAGAUUAGCGUUGCACCCCGAACGCUUGGGGGCGGGUAUGUCCGGGAGUACGGGGUUUUCUAAUUGUUUUGGGGCGGGGUUCGGGUCGGGGAAAAUUAGAAGAAAUCUUUCGGGAACGGGGAUCGGGGUACCGGGUCGGGUGCAACUCUAAUAUAAAUCUAUAUAGCUAUACAUAAAUCUAGAAAUCAUAUGGCUAUAAAUCUAAAUUAUUCUAUAUAGGUAUAAUCUCAAAAUCUCCCUUGCUUCUUCACUCUUUCAAAUCCUCUUCUCUCAUUUUUGCUUGAUUUCCCACUACCUUAAUCCCCUUUCCUCCAAUCCUCAUUCUCGUCUAGAGUCAGUUGCUUCAUUUAUUUUCCAUCCCGAUCCAUCGGUCAGACCACAAAAACCUUUUUAUCAUCUUUGUUUUAUGACAACAACAAAAUAUUUAUUCACUCAGAUUCUUUUUUUCCACUUUAUA